AAAUCACAUUUUCUUUUUUUUUUCUGGACAGAAUUGGAGCACCUUGGAAUACAUGCAAGUGCCAGAUUCUGCACUGCCUAAAGUCGCCUGUGGAAACCAUGGCUUCUGCCCCUCAGCUCAACUCGGAUGCACUCCGAGAGGUCCUGGAGUGCCCCAUUUGCAUGGAGUCCUUUACUGAGGAGCACCUGAGACCCAAGCUCUUACACUGUGGGCACACCAUCUGCAAACAGUGCUUGGAGAAGCUCCUAGCAACCAGCAUUAACGGGAUACGCUGCCCUUUUUGCAGCAAAAUCACUCGGAUCAAAACCUUAGCUCAGCUGACUGACAAUCUUACUGUACUGAAGAUCAUAGACACCACAGGGCUGGGGGAAGUGGUUGGUCUCCUCAUGUGCAAAGUCUGUGGGAGAAGGUUGCCAAGACACUUUUGCAAGAGUUGUGGCUUGGUUUUAUGUGAGCCGUGCAAGGAGACAUCGCACAUGCCCCAAGGGCAUAAUGUCAUUGCUAUCAAAGAGGCUGCUGAAGAGCGUAGGAGGGAAUUUGGGACAAGGCUUGCCAGACUUCGGGAGCUCAUGGAUGAUCUGCAGAAAAGAAAAGCAUCUCUGGAAGGUGUUUCUAGUGACCUGCAAUCUAGAUACAGAGCAGUUCUGCAAGAUUACAGCAAAGAAGAGCGCAAGAUCCAGGAAGAACUGGCCAGGUCACGCAAGUUCUUCACCACUUCUUUGUCUGAAGUGGAGAAGGUAAAUAAUCAGGUAAUGGAGGAACAAGCUUAUCUGCUGAACUUAGCAGAAGUGCAGAUAUUGUCUCGCUGUGAUUAUUUCCUUGCCAAAAUAAAGCAAGGAGAUAUAGCUCUCUUGGAGGAUGCAGCGGACGAGGAAGAACCAGAACUGACAAAUAAUCUCCCAGGGGAGCUGAUACUUCACGAGGUUGAACUCCUUAAAGUGAGCCAUGUGGGACCACUGCAGAUUGGGCAGGUGGUGAAGAAACCCCGGACUGUUAACUUGGAAGAAUCGCUUAUGGAAACUGCAGCAUCCUCAUCGGCAUCAUUUAGAGAGCCUGACUUGGUGCAAGAAGAAGCCAGCUGCACGCCAAAUUCCUCCCCAGCCAAGCCAAGGAUGCCCGAAGCAGCUGCAAGCAUCCAGCAGUGUUACUUCAUCAAGAAGAUGGGCUCCAAGGGCAGCCUGCCGGGGAUGUUCAAUCUGCCCGUCAGCCUGUACGUCACUCUCCAAGGAGAGGUGCUUGUGGCAGACCGAGGCAAUUUUCGAAUCCAGGUUUUCACCCGCAAAGGCUUCCUGAAGGAGAUCCGCCGGAGCCCGAGCGGAAUCGAUAGCUUUGUACUGAGCUUCCUUGGAGCAGACUUGCCCAAUCUGACUCCCCUUUCUGUCACCAUGAAUUGCCACGGCCUGAUAGGUGUGACCGACAGCUACGAUAACUCCGUCAAGGUGUACACCAUGGAUGGCCACUGCGUGGCAUGUCACAGGAGCCAGCUAAGCAAGCCCUGGGGCAUCGCAGCUCUGCCCUCUGGGCAGUUUGUGGUGACCGAUGUGGAAGGGGGGAAGCUGUGGUGCUUCACCGUGGACCGCGGCGUGGGGGUGGUGAAGUACACCUGCCUGUGUAGUGCAGUGCGCCCCAAGUUUGUCACUUGUGAUGCUGAAGGGACCAUAUACUUCACUCAGGGGCUGGGGCUCAACUUGGAAAACCGGCAGUACGAACACCACUUAGAAGGAGGCUUUUCAAUUGGCUCCGUCGGCCCAGACGGGCAGCUGGGACGCCAGAUCAGCCAUUUCUUCUCUGAGAACGAGGAUUUCAGGUGCAUUGCUGGGAUGUGUGUAGAUGCCAGGGGAGACCUCAUCGUUGCUGACAGCAGCCGUAAGGAAAUCCUGCAUUUUCCUAAAGGAGGUGGCUAUAAUAUCUUAAUCCGGGAAGGACUCACCUGCCCGGUUGGUAUUGCCAUUACUCCCAAAGGGCAGCUGUUGGUGCUGGACUGUUGGGAUCAUUGCAUUAAGAUCUACAGUUACCAUCUGAGAAGAUAUUCCACCCCUUAAAGGCAUUUCUCUGGGGAAAGCCCCUGUCACUAGCAGCAGUUCUUCCAGCCUCGUUGCAAUCUGACAGGAACCGGUAUCAAACACUGAGAAAACUGCACCACAGCCCAACGGGGUUUGGCACGGAGGCCAUCGCAUUUUUUGUUCAGGAACAAAAUAACUAACGUGAUGGUGGUCCGCAUUUUCUCUUUUUGAAUCUGUACAAUAGAGUAGAAGAGCAUGAAGGAAGAGAUCCUUCUGGAAUAUUGGUUUUCUGCUAAAUGACCAGUCGCUCCUUAACCCUUCUCACCUCCUUAUUCUGCAUUGACUACGUCUUCAACCACUGUACCUUUCUUUGUGCCAUAAACACUGACUGGCUGCCCUAAAUCACCUUCCUUUAGGGGACUAGGGAUGCAAUCCUCUCUCGCCAGGGUACUCGCGAGGAACUCAGUAGCAGUUGUCUGGGCAACUACUACAGAAAGCAAUUUCUGAUUGCAGCACUGCAUAAAACAAAAUAGCCCUCUUAAACUGCACGGAGAUGGAGCUUUACUUUCAAACUGAGGAGCGAGGGUUUUCUCUCUCCGUUUUUCUGGCAUUCAGGAGAUUGCCCCUGUCGUGCCAUUUGUGAACCAUGUCUGUUCAAUGUGAAGUGAGUACAGUGCAAUCAUGGGAGACCGAGCUGAGCCAGAAAACUGCCCUCUGAUGGCAGCAGGGUUAUUAUUACUGCUAAGAAUUCCACUGAGGAGGGGGAGAAGGGUGAGGGUUGGAGGAAAAAAUCAGGGGAAAUCUGUUGAUAUUCAGAAGUGUGCUGUUAUUAAAUGUAUCUUGGGAACUGUCUUUGGGAGGUGUGUCUGCUACCUUCAUCUGGGGGGAGGGAAAGGCUGGGGGAAGAAGACUGGGAGGUGGGAGUAAAUGGGAUCACACACAACUGUACGUUCACCUGCACCUCACUACCUGCAUCCCGGAUCUUUGCAAACAGGUUUCCACAUGUCUGCACUUUGUAUCCCACGAUGAGGGUGGGGGGGAUUGCUUCAUUUUAAUUUUUUUAGCACUCGAAAGCACAUCCAUUGGUGCAUUGCCUUUUUCUCCUUGCACAGCAAAUCACGACAUUCCUCAGCUUUUUUAUGGCACCAGCAGGCACCAGAGUUCGUGUUCAUCACGGCUUUGGGCCAAAUGAAGCACAAAACUGCAGCUGUGUGAACCAAGCCCCCACAGUGCUACUCUCCUCACUGAUAAAUGUGUACCUCAGUGUGGUGCUGCUUGCCUGGAAUAGUUUAUUGAAGGAAGGACGCAUUCAAAUAGGGCACAGUGGUAGCAUGUUAAUCUGCCACAGAUAAUAGUUACGCUGCAGUGCAUUUAUUUGUUGCUAUCAACAACAUAGUUGCAAAUUUGAGGGCAUGGCAGACAAUAUAAAAGCUGAUUUUAUGGUGGCUGCCGUGCGACAGCAAAUUGUUUGCUGCUUGUCCUACAACAUGUAUGCAACAGGUGAUUUUUUUUAUGCUCUCAUAUACUUUUCCCUGGUGAAGCAGGAAAGGAAAACAGCCUUCAGAGCAGCUGCUGCUCCAGCCUGUUGUAGGGCAGCGAUAGGGUUUCCAGAAGCAGCUCUGGGAGGAGAAUCUUUUGGCAGAAUUUGUUUUUUCCCUCUCCCUGUUGUGCUCAGCCGCAGCACAAAGAAGGAACCCAACUGUGUGAUGGAGCUGCCCAGUGAGCAGGACAACAUCCUGUUCUUCUCACUUAAUGCACUGCAGAAAGAUCUUCGAGAAGAGGGUAGGAGCUAAGAGAGGAUGAUUAGCAGGGCAGAUGAUGGAAGACACUAAAGGAGCCCAAGGGAAUUGAACCCCCCUCCCUCCUGCACUGCUCUGUGUAUUUGCUGAGGCUGUCGAUAUGCACACAACUAUUUACAUUCCCUGCUUCUCUUUCUGGGUGGGAGGGGCAGUUGCCUGAGGUACAUAACAGCAAUUUGGGGAGCUGAUCUCAUCUUGCAUGUAUGUUUUUGGGAGAUGACUACUAUCACUGGCACCUUCUGCAGUUAAUUACACUGUAACUCAAGGCGUUUUUUCCAGUAUUAUGGUAAUGUCAGUUUCUCUCCUACUGAUCUCUUUUAAACAUCUCUCCUGUUUCUAAGAACUGCUCCAAGCAGGAAGCUACUGUGGACCUGAAUAAUUGAAGCAAUAUUAUCUAUGAUAAUAUGUACCUCUGUCAUUUUCUGUUCCAAUGGAAUUUUUUUUUUUUUUGCAAUAAACAUCACACUACCAGCAAGAACGUUUCCUGGUGUGCUUAAAGGGACAUAAAAGCUUGUCCAGCAAAUGGGCUGAGCUGUUGUUUACCCCGGUCUGUUACUGGGUAUGCAGCUCAAACAAAGCAUCUGUCAUCUGCUGCUCGCUCAGAGACUCUGGAAAAAUAACACUGCUGGGCCAUGCAUUGGUGGGACAAGGCGGGGCGAGGGCUGCCUGGCUGUGUUUUGUCUGCAGCUCUUCUGGGCUGGGGUUUCAGGAAGGGAAAAAGGAAAUCUGUUGUCCUUAGCCCUUUCCCUGCCACAACCCGACCGACUGUGAGGUGAUGCUGCAGAGCUGUAUUUCUUGCUGUGGUGCCCCCAAGUGUGAUGCUGUGAUCGUUUGCCAGAUGAGGUGAAACAGGGCAAUUAAGGUUUGUGAUGAAAUAGUUUUGCUUCUGCUCUCUACCUGGAGAAAGAACUUGUCUGGUUGUACAUACGUGUUCGGUUUUUAAAGAUCGUGUAAUAAAGGAAAAAUUGAUCCAAUUAACAGUG